AUGUGGGACGACGCCUCCAUCGACGGGCCGUCGUGCCUCCGUCUCCCGCCGCUCCAUCUGUCGACGCGCGCGGAGCUCGAGGAGGUGUACCUCCAGGCGAAGAACACGUACUUCAGCGGGCAGCCGAUCGUGGAUGACGCCUUCUUCGACGCGAUCGAGACGCGUCUGAAGCACCUCGGCAGCGACGUCGCGAGGAAGUACCCGCGAUGCUCGCGGCGCGACAUGACGGUGUUCGGCGACGCUGAGGCGGAUUACGAGCAGAUGGGCGCGCUCGCGGCGACGUGGGCCGGGUUCGUGUUCUUAGGGAUAGCGCUGAUGGGGUUGGACGUGAAGAGCGCGGUCGACGCGGGCGCGUUAGAGGGCGUCUUCGGCUUCGGCGGCGGCGGCGGGGAUGGACCGGGACUGGGACUGGCGGAGACGGCCGGGACGACGCGGCCGGCGGCGCGGGCGCCGAUUCUCGCCGCCCUCGGCGGGUUUCUCGCGCAGACCGGGUGCGGGAAACUCGCGUCCCUGCGCGAUGGGAACACGAUCGCGAUGUCGGGCGACUGCCCAAACUGCGCGGAGCGCGUGUACGCGUUCUUACCCGCGAACUCGGCCGCAAAGACGGUGAAGCUCAAGAGCGACUGUCACGUGUGCGGGAGAGGUCUCACGUUCGCCGCGGACGUCCAGAGUUCGAAGGACGCGCCGUACGGUAAGGUGGCGAGCGGGCGGAUAUACUUAGUGUCCAGGACGGACGAUUACUACGACGGGGGGGCGGCGCCGCGGUGGCCGCCGGCGAAGGCGAGAGCGAAGGAGGAGAGUGGGGGGUUGUAG